GGGCAACAGGAAAUAUGACAUUUGAGUUACUUCCAUCGUGCAAUGUUAAUAUGUCAUCCAUCUGCAUGUGUUGUAUAAUAUUCAACCAGUUUGGACACUGAUGGCAUUUAAAGGAAAAGUUGCAACAAAUUCCCAGUUCAGUCAGCCAGUAGUCAGUCUGUCUCCCAUCCAUUGAUUUGCUCCAAUGCAUUGCGUGUCUGUCUGUGUUCGAGGUGAUUGGUUUAGGGUGCCCAUCGGGGUUCCCUCACCCUCCAUCCGGUCACUCGGCUCUGCGGCCCUGCAACGCCAUCGCAGGGGAAAAAAUCUGGAACGCGAUGAGUCGGAGUUCGUCGUCCGCCGGUGUCGAGGAGGCGAGCUACUGGACCAUGAUGACUGCGCGGCGGCCAUUCUAGACCACAACGACUUUAUUCAAUUAAUAUUGGCGGAUGAAGAUGACGAGCUUGGUUUCUCUCCACUGGCCACCUCUGUGCCAGACUAUCAGGAGCCCACAGAGUUCCUCUCUCUGGAUGGCAACAGUCUGACCACAGCAGAUCUGGUGGCUUUAGGCCAAGGCUUGUUCAAAGUAAAGUUAACCCCAGAAGCAGUGGACAGGGUCAUCAAAUGCAGAGCAGUGAUUGAUGGCUUUCUAAAGGAAGGAAAAGUUGUGUAUGGAGUCAACACAGGCUUUGGUAAAUUUGCUCACACGCUCAUACCGAAUGAUCAACUUGUGAUGUUGCAAGAGAAUCUUAUUCACUCCCACAGUGCUGGUGUGGGUUCCCCGUUGAGCGUGGAGAGAACACGGAUGCUGCUGGUGCAGAGGAUCAAUGUCCUGGCUAAAGGCUACAGCGGGAUCUCCAUGGAAACACUCGAUGACAUCAUCAAAGCUUUCAAUGCAUCCUGCCUGUCCUGGGUACCAGAGAAAGGCACGCUGGGGGCGAGCGGCGACCUGGCCCCCCUGGCCCACCUGGCGCUGGGUUUGAUGGGGGAGGGCAGAAUGUGGUCGCCACAAAGCGGUUGGGCCCAGGCCAAGGCGGUGCUGGAAGGACAUGGUCUCAAACCUCUUGUGCUGAAGCCAAAAGAGGGCUUAGCUCUGAUCAACGGCACUCAGAUGAUCUCAUCUCUGGGAGCGGAGGCUGUGGAGCGGGCGUUGGCCAUCGCCAGACAAGCUGAUGUCGUCGCCGCUUUAACUUUAGAGGCCCUGAGAGGAAGCGUGCGACCUUUCCAUCCCGCCAUACAUGCGGUGAAACCACAUCCUGGACAGAAGGAAGUGGCCGAGAGGCUGUGCGCUCUUUUGGACUCCCCCGUUUUCCCUUCCCAGAUUUCAGAAAGUCACAGAUCCUGCAACCGUGUCCAGGAUGCCUACACACUGCGUUGCAUCCCACAGGUUCAUGGAAUUGUGAAUGACACCAUCAAGUUUGUCCAGAUGAUCAUUUCAACGGAGAUGAACAGUGCCACUGACAACCCUCUGGUCUUUGCUGAGAUGAAUGAGGUCAUUUCUGGAGGGAAUUUCCACGGAGAGUAUCCUGCUAAGGCACUGGACUACCUGGCCAUCGGUGUGCACGAGCUGGCCAAUUUAAGCGAGAGGAGGAUCGAAAGGCUGAUGAACCCGCCUCUCAGCGAGCUGCCGGCUUUCUUGGUCCAAGAUGGAGGCUUGAACUCGGGCUUCAUGAUCGCACACUGUACCGCCGCUGCUUUGGUUUCCGAGUCCAAGGCUCUGUGUCACCCGUCCUCCGUUGACUCCCUAUCCACCAGUGCCGCCACGGAAGACCACGUGUCCAUGGGCGGCUGGGCUGCCCGCAAAGCUCUCACAAUCGUGGAGCAUGUAGAGCAAGUGUUGGCCAUCGAGCUGCUGGCUGCCUGUCAGGCUCUGGAGUUCCUACGUCCACUCGAGACCACUGCACCUCUGGAGAGGGUCUACCGGCUUGUCCGCUCUGUCGUCAGUGCUUGGGAUAAAGAUCGCAUCAUGAGCCAUGAUAUCGAGGUGGCUCACACACUCCUCAGACAGCAAAAGGUGUGGGCUGAGAUUCAACCAUACAUGGACAAAUACCGAAACAAGAUGAAAGAAUGAGACACAAGAGGACAAAAAUAUACAGGUUCCAUUUCAUUGGGCAGGGUUGUUCUAUAAAUAAAAAAUACUGUUAACUUUACACACAUCACAACUGAUCGUAUUCCAAUGAAAAAAAAAAACAAAAGCAGACACACUAUUGAUCAUUAAUUACAUCACAUCAAGAUAAA